CAUAUAUCGACAUAACAUGCUGUAUUCUUGGGUUUCAGUCACGUGACUUUUCGUAGCAGUUUUACCGGAAGUGAAACAGCUGGUGGUCUAGCAAACCAAAACGGCUGCCGUAGUGCAGACAACUAGUGAUGAUAACUUAUCAGAGUAUGCUCAUAAUCUAAAAGCCACUGCUCGCUUUAGAUAUAUUCAGAAGAUUGCUAUGAGCAAUGGACUAGCCCCCUACAGUCUGGGAAAGAAGGAUUGGUCAUACGAUAUCGAAAACUACCCUUCAGUCGAGUUCCCCGACAUCUCGAACUAUCUGGUGUUGCAGACAUCCUUCUACACCGCAAAACAGAUGAAAGCGUGGAACAGUAUGGAGGCUUACAACUUUUUUUUGUAUGUGGCUGGGUAAAGGACCUCGGCAUCAAGUCGGUGCUGAAUGAAUCCUACAUUGUUUUUGCCUGUGUAAAUCAUUCACAAAGAUCAUCAAAAACCUCUUUAAAGACCUGGAUCUUAGUUAAACAAGAUGGAGAAGUGAUCACGGCCCAUUAUAACUGUAUGGCUGGAGAGAUUCCAGGUGGUUGGUCCAGAAGCUCGUCUUAUUGCUGUCACUGGUGAAGAUCUGGUUCUGCCCUGUUUUCUCAAACCCAGCACCAGCGCUGUGGACAUGACAGUGGAAUGGAUGAGACUAGAGGAAGGAGCUUCAUUAGUGCAUCUCUAUAAGGAUCAUGAAGACAGAAAUGAAGAGCAGGCUCAGCCCUACAGAGGAAGAACAUCACUAUUUAAAGAGGAGCUACAGAAAGGCAACGCUUCACUCAAACUCUCAGCUCUCCGACUCUCUGAUGAAGGAAGAUACAAGUGUCUCAUUGAGGACAAAUCCUGGUAUGAUGACAUCACUGUUCACAUCACUGUCGAGGUGUGUGAGUCCAGAGGCUGGAAACCUGAACCUGAGGUUGUGUGGCUGGACAGAGAAGGAGCCGCUCUGCCUGCUGAAGAUACACAGACACACAGAGACACUGAGGGCUUCAGUGUGAAAAGCCGCACCACUGUUUAUGAUUAUAGCGACUCCAACAGAUAUCAUUACAGACUUGUACAAGAACAUCACAUGAUGGAGACAGAGGUCAUCAUUAAUCGUAAAGUCUUUGAUGCUUGGAGGUGGAUUGUUGGCAUUUCAGUUUCAGCAUGUCUUAUUGCUGUGGGAUUGAUAAUUGCAGUUAUCUAUUACAAGAAAGAGCUUCAAAAGCAGAAGCAAAAAGCAGCCUCAGAGCUUCGAAAGAAGCAAAAUGCAGCCUCAGAGCUUCAAAAGGAGAAAAGAUACACAGAGUUUAUAAAAGGGUUGUUGGCAGUGGAUGUGACUCUGGAUCCUGAUACAGCUCAUCCUGAACUCAUCCUGUCUGCUGAUGGAAAACAAGCGAGAUGUGGAGGCGAGCGGCAGAAACUCACUGAUACACCACAGAGGUUUAAAUACCAUCAUAGUGUUGUGGGAAAGCAGAGUUUCUCCUCAGGGAGAUUUUAUUAUGAGGUGCAGGUCAGAGGGAAAACAUUGUGGACAUUAGGAGUUGUGAGUGAGAACAUUAACAGGAAGGAGUGGAUUACACAGAAACCUCAGUAUGGAGUCUGGACUGUGGGACUCAGGAAGGAGAAUCAGUACUGGGCUAAUGCUGAUCCCGAUGUUCCCCUCCCACUGAGAGAGAAGCUGGAGACGGUGGGGGUGUUUGUGGAUUAUGAUGAGGGUCUGGUCUCCUUUUAUGAUGUGAAGUCCAGAUCUCAUAUCUACUCUUUCACUGAUCAGCAUUUCACUGAGAAACUUUAUCCAUAUUUUGAUACUUGGUUCAACGAUGAAGGCAAAAAUGCAGCCCCACUGAUCAUCUCUCCUGUAUUUAAACCUGAAUGAAUUUUCACCUCACAGAUUUAAUCAUCUAUUAAAUGGUGAGAAUCAAAAGAAAUAUUUUACUUUUUCUGGUGAAUGUUAGAAAGACAUUUCCCCUUUUAAAGUGCUGUACAGUUUAUUUUAAUGCCUGGGGUUUGUUUUCUCAUCAAUAAAUAAUUUGAAUCCUACAGUCUGUUUUUUACACAUUAUGAUUGUGGAAGUUUGUCGUUCCGAAUCAAAUCUGAAUAAAGCUGAUUUACAGUUCACACUGAGAUUUACUGCAGAAUUGAAUCUGAUCAAUAAAAUGGAUGAAGUUCA